CGUGUACAACACUACAAAGACACAAGCAUGGUUAUAAGUUAUUACCAAGGGAUUUUGGAUUGGGCCUAUCGGGUUACAUUCCCCUAAAAUUCUUAACAAAAAAAAGAUAAGCCAACCGUGGUGAAGAUAGGAAUGUCGUAAUAUCAUGUCUACUACGGCACUGACCUAACCUCACCUUAUUCUGCGUAAAUACGUAUAAUAUGCGAUCACUAUAGUCAUAUUAUUAUCCUCAUUCGCGAUUUCGUGUUAGUGUACGACUGUGUCUGGUGAUCCUGUCUGAUGGUAUUACUCCAUGUUUGCAUCCGCGUGAGCGACUUCGCAGACAAGAGAUAACACGUCCGAGUUCCCGAACCACAUUAUUUAUUAAUCAUUACUGGUAUUUCCAAUAUUCCGUCGUUUUACGAGUGCGUAAAUUCUUAGGUACUUGAAACGUUUAGGUGUUUCACGAUUGACAUUAAUUCAUUAUUAUUCGUUAUUUUGAAUUUUGCCAGUGCGGAAAAUGUCGCAAGCCGUUGGCCUGUUUGAAUGUUUCUACGCGUAGUCUUUAUAAGGAAAAUAGCUCGAUUAAGAACAAUGAUGAAUAAUAAAAACACUUGGUGUAUGGACAAAUCAGGUCAGAAUAAGGAAAUCAGUACGCCAAAUAAAGAUAAUAAAAAUUAUGUUGAAAGGAAAACACGUAGAACUUAUUUACGUGACAAAAGAGCUCCAAAACCCCCACUUAGUGGAUACAUACGGUUUUUGAAUGAUAGACGUCAACAAUUUUCAUCUCAAAAUCCCAAUUUACUAUUUUCUGAAAUAACUAAAGUGUUAGCUACUGAAUGGAACCAAAUGCCAGCAGAAAAAAAACAAACAUACCUUUCAGCCGCCGAACAAGAACGAUUAAAAUAUGUUGAAGAAUUAGAGGCUUAUAAAAAGACUGAUGCAUAUAGAAAUUUUCAGGAAUUCAAAUCGAACAGAAAGAAAUUUGAUAUCACUAUCAAAAAAGAUCAAAAAUUGGAUAAAGAAAAACCAUCCAAUACUGACAAAUUUAAAAAGGAUCAAGAAAUAAAAAAAGAAAACACAUCUAAUGAUAACAAAUUUAAAAAGUAUCAAGAAUUGAUGAAAGAAAAACCAUCUACAUCUAGUGACAACAGUAAUACAGUUAAUGACAUACCUAUAUUUACUGAAGAAUUCUUAAACUUUAAUAAAGCUAGAGAUACUGAACUAAGGAACCUUCGUAAAAAGGUAACAGAUCAAGAACAAGAAGUAUGUGUCUUAGAUAAACAUAUUGAAAACAUGCAAAAUGUUAGUAUCAAAUUAGUGGCUAAUAAUGAACAACUCAAUGCUGAAUGUUCAAAGUAUGAACAGUAUUUAGUUAAACUACGAUCUCGACUUCUGGAUGCUUUUGCUAAUAUUACAUUCCCGGAUAACACUGCGCAACUUACUCACGAGAAUAUUGACGCAUACAUGGUUAAUUAUUUCACAAAUCAAGCAACUGGUACUGAUACUGGUCCAUCCUGGAUUACAUAUUUCAAAAAAGGUUUAUCUAAUUUGGACCCUUCACAAUGUUAAAAUAAAGUAUAUUUUAGUUUAUUUAACUAUAAGUCAUAAAUUAUCCGAA